CCAGUAAAAAAAAUAAAAUAUGUUCUAAAAAUUUAGUGAAAGAUACUUUACACAAUAUUAAACAUUUUGUAAAUUGUGACUUUGUUCAUACAGCAUUCUUUUUAAAUACGUGUGCAGUAAUGAUAGCCGCAAAGUUAUGGUUAAUCUUAAGUGGAAUAUUGUUUCCGAUUGUGGUAAUUGUUAAUCCUUUAAUCAUAAACACUAACAAUCUCCAUGAACAGUGCGCACCUAGGAAUAUCCAAUGUCUUCCCGGUACUGCGUAUCCAUGCUGUGAUGAAAAAGACGGUUGCAUAAGAACUGAACCAGAUCAUGUAUACAGAUGCAUUAAAAGAAACGGAUUAGGAACGUAUUGUGUACGGGAUGACGAAUGUGAUGAAAUUUGGCAUUCAAAAUGUUCAAAAGAUAGAACGUGUAUUUGCAGGACAAAUAAUAUUGAAUUUAAUGAAACGACCUGCGCACCAGUUUUAGGUGGAUUUUGUUGGAAAAAUGAAAUAUGUGCGACCGAUAACGCUGUUUGCAUUGACAAUGAAUGUCAAUGUGAGGAAAAUUAUCGAAGAUUAAAUGAUCAAUGCAUAUUCAAUUUGUUGGGUGCACCUUGUGAAAGCGAUGAUAAUUGUGAACAAAUUAAGUUUGCGAAAUGUUCGGAGCAAAAAGUCUGUAGCUGUUCAUCAAAUACUUCUGAAGUUGAUUCGACGCAUUGUGUAUCACUUAUAGGCGGGUUUUGCUGGACAACAGAUGAUUGUCUACCUGAAAAAUCUAUUUGUGUUAAUAACAGUUGCGAAUGUGAGAAUUUUCACAUAUCUCGAUCUAAUGAUCAGUGCACACCAGUUCACUUGAACAUGAACUGUUCAGUAGAUCAAGAAUGCAGUCAGUGGAUACCACAUUCAAUAUGCUCUUUGAAUACAUGUAAUUGUGAAGAAGACUAUCUUGCAAAAGACAGAGCAUGUGUUCCGAGUAUUAACAUUUACUGUCUAUCAAGUGACUCAUGUAAAGUAAAUCAUUCUGUGUGUAUUGAUAAUAUAUGCCAAUGUAAACCUCGAUAUAUUUAUCGCUAUUCUCGAUGUAUUCCCCUUUAUUUGAAUGAACCUUGCAAAAAUAAUGAUGAUUGUGAUCAAAUACAAAAUGCAAGAUGUUCAGCCGAUUAUAUAUGUGUUUGUGAUAAAAAUUACAUUAAAUUCGACAGAAAAAUGUGCACACCAGUGCUCAAUGAAUUUUGUUAUAGAGAUGAAGAUUGUAAAGCUAUUCAUUCAACUUGUGUUAAGAAUGAAUGUCAAUGCAAGCCACAUUUUUUGAAGCGAUCGGCAUAUUUAUGUGAAUUCUAUGGAUUAGGCAUGCACUGUAAGGACGAUAAUCAUUGUUUAGGUAUACUGCAUAGCAAUUGCUCGGUGAACAAAAAAUGUGAAUGUAUAUCAAACUAUGUAGAAUACAAUAUAACAACAUGUGCGCCACUACUAGGUCAAUACUGUUCAAAAAAUGAACAAUGUGCGCCUCUUAAUUCUAUUUGUUCACAGAAUAUUUGUAUAUGUAAGCCUAAACAUAUAACACAUUCUAAUGAUGAAUGUAUACCAUAUCAUCUUUGGAUGUAUUGUAAUACUGACGAAGAUUGCGAGACAAUAUUGGAUUCAAAAUGCGUGAAAGAGCAAUGUGUUUGUAAAGACAAUUAUGAUAUUCUAAAUGCAACAGCUUGUGCACCACUAUUAGGUGAAUUUUGUAAAAACAAUCAACGAUGCGCACCUGUCAAUUCAAUUUGCAAUAACAAUAAAUGUCAAUGUGAUUAUGAUUAUUUACGACGUUUUAAUAAUAGAUGUAUACCAACAGCAGGAUAUUUUAAAAUAUCAUGUGAUAAAGAUGAUGAUUGUAAAGAUAUUAAGUAUGCAAUAUGUUCUGACGAUAAUAAAUGCGCUUGUAAAUCAAAUUAUGUUGCUCUCGGUGAUAAUCGAUGUAUAGCGCUUAUAGAUGAAUAUUGCGAUUCUGAUGAAGAAUGUAUAUCUUAUAAUACUAUUUGUAUCAAUAAUAAGUGCCAAUGUCCAGAGAAAUUUAUUAUGAGAACCAAAUACCAAUGUGACCACGUUUCAAUUGGUAGCAGAUGUCACAAAGAUCAUGAUUGCGAUGUAUCAAUUAAAAAUUCUGUAUGUUUAAAUAAUACUACCUGCGUUUGUUCCCAGAAUUAUUAUGCAUUUAAUAAAUUCGAAUGUGCACCUCUUUUAUAUCAAUAUUGUUUGAACAAUGAAGAAUGCCGUUUCAAUUCUUCUAUCUGCAUUGACAAUAAAUGUCAAUGCCAACAUAAUUUUUAUUCUGUAUCAGCCAGUCAGUGUAAAUCACAUUGUGGUGAUCCAUGGCAUAAUAAAUGUUUUGAAGAUAAAAAAUGUCGUUGCAAUUCAAACAAUAUUUCAAUUGACAGAUCAACAUGUUUACCUCUUUUAAAUGGUUAUUGCUGGAAGGAUAGCCAAUGCUUCGUGCGCAACUCAGCUUGCAUUGAUUAUCAUUGUAAAUGCAAACAAAAUUUUAUGCCUGCAUCUGUAAAUCUAUGCAUACCAGUUUGAAAUAGGACUAUGUCGAUGCAUUUAUUUCUGGUAUUAGGAUGACUUUUUUAUGGACUACGACUGGGCUGCUGAUAAAU